AUGACGUACGGCGCGCUCGCGGGGGGACACGAUGACGAGACGACCGCGCUCGUCAACCGAGCGCGGACGUCGCCGCGGCGCGCGUUCGUCGGCGGCGUCGUCGUCGGCGGCGUCAUCGGCGCGUGCGUCGCGCUCGCGCUCGGGACGGCGUUCGGGCCCGCGCGCGUCGGUGCGGACGGGGGAGUGGGGAUGGCGCGCGCGCGAGGACGGGCGGUCGACGCGAUCGGUGACGCGUCCGUGGGUGCGCUCGGGGCGUUGCAUUUUCCCACGGUGACGUGUCCCGCGAGCGCGGUGACGUUUUCGACGAAUCUUCACAGCGUCUACGGUGACUCCGUCAGCGUGCGGCUGCCAGAAGAGUGCGGUUGCACACCCAGAAUUGCGGGUCAAAGGAAAUGUAUAUGCGUGGGUGGAGGCACGGUGAGUGUCGGCUUACCAAACGCUCACAUCGAUCUGCAACUUGAGUUACCGUCGAUGGGUGGCGUGUCGUUUUGCGACAUUGUCGACACGGUCAAGCAACUGCCCGAAAUCGCCGACAACCUCGUAACUAAAUUAGAGUCUCUCGUCGGAUUAAUCUGGGAUCCAUGGUUGAAGAUCAACGAAAAUACUUUGCUCGAAAUGAUUCAGACGACGUUCGUAGACGCUAUGGACGGCUUUUCAGCCACCGCCGCUCUUGGAGGAGCGCGCGGUGCUCAAAGCGCGGACCGAGCGGAGUUUCUCACCCAUCUUCGCGAUAACGUGAAGAGAGCAUUUGAAGGCAAAGAUCUCGUCGAAAGUUCGAGCAUCUCCGGAAUGCGCGGUAAUUCUACGUACCCCGAUGUGGGUUCGCUUGGUACUGGGUCUGGCUACUGCUAUAACAUACCAUUGCAAGUGUUCAGUGACUACGAAAGUCCGAGCCCUGAUAUGCCCUGGCCGGAAAAGUUUGCGAACGACGCGUUCGCACCGAACGCUUUUCGCAUGAAGUUUCCGGCGUUGCACGUUGGAUUAUGUCAAACGCUCCAUGAAUUCGAUGUUCCGCACGAGGUGGCUGUGCGAUUGAUUCAAAGCUUCUUAAAAAUGUAUCACGCUAUGUUUGUUGCGAUUUACGAGGCUUCCGGAGUCAAAGGAGUUGUCGAAAGCAUUAAAGACAUGGGGCAGCAAAUCGUGGGGCGUAAACUUCUUGGCGAAGAGGCGAACAGUGUACGCGAACGUCAAGCUGAGCUGCAUAAGCAGUUGAAGGAGAAAGAAACAAUAUUUUAUAAAGAACUCGUCGUUUUGCAUGAAAUUUUUAACACGGGGGCAGCUGGAUUCAAACCCUCAGUCACGAGUCAACUGGGUGUCGCAUCGGCAAAAGCCCGCGGCGAGGCGGCUCUCGGCGGUAACGCAUUCGAAGACGUAUUUGAAGACUUCCGAGCUGAUCUCAUCUCGGCGUUGAGUGAAAUGAAACACAUGAAAAUCCGAGCAACCAGUACGCUGGAAUUUGGUGCGUCGUUCGGCGUCGAAUUGUCGCACGUUUUGUUUCGCGAGGGAGAAAUACUCAGCGAGUUCUUUGAAAAGGAAGAAACUAUUUCUAAGGAACUGGUCUACCCGAUCGGGCCUGGUCUCUUCGCGGUGGUUUCCGUUGAAUUGGAUGUUAGACUACCGUACUAUUUCCGCGCGGAAGUGGAAGGCUCGUUUGAGUUCGAAGUUUCCGUUGCCCUUCCCGUCACUUUGUCACUCGGAGGCAGCGCAAGUGCAACUUACGUGCGUGUCGGUGCACCGCAGAUAAGCAUCGAUAGCCCACUGGCCGGGUAUGCCGUUGCUGGCAUGCAAAUCGGCGCGGUGGCUGAGAUUGUCAGCGCGUACGUCGCGCUUUGCGCCGGUCCGGUGUGCGCGGGACCUGAUAUUCAAGCGCGACAGGAUGUCUACAUUGGAUUCGACAUUUUCGCUCAAAUGCAGGAAGGGGACGCAAUGUGUUAUGCAGGACCUGAAUCGCUCACCGCCAUGUGGACCGACUGGGAUUACAGCGAUGCAACGAAGAAUCAGUGUCGUCGCAGCCAACUGGGCACGGGAGCCUAUUUGCAGAUCCCGAAGACGAUCUUGGCCGCGCAAGUCGUACUUAAACCUCUUCCUACGAUCGAACUACCGGCCGGUAUGGAACCAGUGGUGACUUUGAUUGAUCUCGAGCCAUUCAUCAGUGCGGCGCACGACAGUCGCGGAAACUACCUCGCGCAAGAGUUAUUUCACGCGUGUACGCUCCCUCAAAAUGAGCCCAUCGAUUCGUGCAAUCCCGUCUGCCAGUUCACGAAAUCGGUCCCGCAUCCUAUCCCGGCAGGUAUUGAUGCGCUGAAGCGACAAAUGCAAGCAGCAGGGGCAGUUAUGAAUUCAGAUCGUAAAGUUCCAAUGGAUACUGUCGAGGUUCGCACGGUUACGCUGCAGUUGACUGACGGGUUUGUAGACACGGGAAUCUCUGAUCUCGAAUCCGGUUCGUAUCUCAUCGAAAUGUAUUCCGUCAACACAGCCAGCGUCGGUGGUAAUCUAUGGAGCGAAACCUACACUGGUCUAAUGACGUGGUACAACAGAGGUACAAACGAUCAAGCUGCAAGUCAUAUCUUAUUGCACGCUGCUGGACAUGCAAGCAAUGACAAUAAAAUCUUGCUUCAAACGCUCGAAAACUCGCACGGUUCCCUGUCACUGCAAGUCAGACUCAGCGGGCGCACGCCCAGAAAUCCCCAAAGCUACACUUUCAAGUUUCGUCGAGUGCUCCCCGAUCCACUGUCGGUGCCACCCAUCGGUGGUGUCGCGCCGCGAAACGUCAUGGAUGAUUUGUCCUACUUUCCGGUGACCCUGACGACGUCACCUGGCGAGUGGAUUGAUACCGGGAUUCACGGAGAUGACCUGUCUUUAGGGUCGUACUUCGUCCAGAUUGCCAACGUUAAUACAUACAGUAAUGGUGGCAAUCAGUAUCGAGAAACAUACACGGGCGUCAUGUCAUGGUUCUCAGGGGGCACGAAUUCGUACGAGUCAAACGAGAUAGCGUUGCACGCCGCUGGUCAUGCGAUAAACGGCAAGUACGUCAAACUUCGAACUCAACGCUCGUCAUACCAGCAAAAUACCGGCAAAAAUCUCAGACUCCAACUUUCUACGAACGACGGCCUUGUGGACCCACAAACAUAUCACAUAUGGUUUCGACGUAUAUUUCCGGCACAGACGGGCACUGCUAUGCCGAUUCCAUCUGGCAUACCUGUCGACACAAUAUACUUCUUCACGAAGACGUUCGUACUCAGUGAAGUCUGGACACCCGUAGGCAUUGAUCACACUGCACUUGCCUUAGGCAGUUACGCUGUUCAGAUCUUGCCCGUCGAGUCGAAGAGGUACGGCGGUGUUAUGUAUUCUGAGCUGGCAUCUGGCGUCAUGACGUGGUACAAUCGAGGUACAAACGACAACUCUUCGGAUGAGAUUGUUCUACACCAAGCUGGCCACGCGCCAAACAACGAUCGCUUGCAACUUCGAACUCGUCGGAGAGGUCAGAGUACUUUGCAGCUUGAGAUUCGAUCGCAGUUUUCCACAAGUAGGAUUGGCGAAUACUGUUUUGCGUUCCGGCGUCUUGUCUAA